AUGUUUCUACACUUUGCAAACGAGACCAGCAUACGCGUCCCCCCCUUCCGAAUAGCAACGUCACCUUUGACCGGAAUUGAAGCAGUUCUCGAGGACCAGAUCAGCGAAGAGGGUGUGAUAAGGUUGGGUGAAGUUUGGACUAUAUUAGACGACAGACAGAAAUAUCGCGUUGUAGUGCAAACUAGGGAGAUGAUUAAGGCGCUGCGGUCAACCAAGCCCAGAGAUAUACCUCGACGCCCUGUCAUUGCCGACCGCUACGUGUCUCGUCCUGGGUGCGAUCCCGUCAACCGGGUAAGGGUCUACGAAAAUAAUAAGGAAUUUGUACGCAUUCUCAGAGAUAGUGUUGCUUCUGUGUCGUAUGAUCCGGAUCUUGUCCGCAGCGCAGUGGAGUUUGUUGACGAGCUCGCCUCGUCCAGGAACGAGCUGGUCUUCACGCACGGAAACCUCACAGCGGACAACAUUUACAUCUCGGAGAGGACGGGAGAUGUCUUGGCGAUUGGGAACUGGUCGGAAGCUGGCUACUAUCCCCCUUACUGGGAGUUCGUCAAGGCCAAAUUAUCAUACAACGAAGAACCAAACUUCGAUAGGGAGGGAGCGGUGGAAGAAAUACUGAAACCUUGGCGAAUUGAACUUGCUCUCAUGAAGCCUGCCCACGAGCUCAUGUAUUGA